AUGGAUGAUUAUGAUCAAAACAAACAUUUUAAAUUUGGUAAAGACAAUCCUACCUUGAUGAAAAAGCCUUUUUGGACAUAUAUGGUAUGUAAUCCACAUCUAAGUGCUUACGAUGCUCGCAAAGAAAAUAAUGAUGACUUUAGUAAUGACAGUAAUACUUCGACAUGGUGUUUUUCUCGAUUUGGAGCUACACAAACUUAUUUGCCAGAUGGACGACUGAUAUGUAUUGGAGGUGAACAUGAAGAUUCAUACGAUCCUGAUUUUCAAAUUUAUAAUGAUGUUGUUGUCAUACGAAAUCCUCGGAUGGUACGAGCACACUAUAUGUACUCGUUGCCUGUACCAAGUAACUUUCCAUUGGAAACCACUUCCUCAGAAGGAGAAAUAUUAGGAACAUCGAAGCCAGAAGAUGUUACAAUCUAUGGAUAUCCUGAACAUGUAUUUCCGCCGACAGAUUUUCAUACAGCUACUUACGUCAAGAAUAAUGAUCAAGAAGAUUUCAUCUAUGUUAUUGGUGGUCUAGGAUAUUUAAAUUCUUCUCACCGGAAAGAGACUCACGUUUAUCGUCUCCGUCUAUCAAACUUUAGCAUAGAACAGGUGAAAACGACAGGUAAUGGACCAGUGGGAUGUACGGAAAGACAUCAAGCGACAUUAAUAACUAUGGGCGAUCGAAAAAUGAUCGAAAUCUGUUUGAAAAAUCACCGACGUUACAGGUUGGACGUUGAAACUGCGACGUGGAAAAAGAAUUAG